AAUCUAAUAAGAAAUUAUUUUCAUCUUCAAUUUUGUUACUUGUACAGAAGUAACAUAUCCUUUCAUUGCAAGGGAGUCUUCUUGGUUGGCUUACGGCAUUCCCUAGCUAUUCGCGUGGAUAAAAGACCAAAUUUAGCUCUAUUUCAAUUCUUUUUAUGAUGUAUGCUCUUCUUCGAUUUUAUGAAACGAAUCUGGUAUUUUCAAGUUUCAUCUGUGUCAAGAAGACACGGCAUUUAUAUCCUACAGAAAGAAAUUAGAAAAGGGUAACAAUGUGUUAAGAAUUUUUAAAGCAUGGAUCUUUCACUUUUGAUUUUGGGCUGCUCUACGCCUGAAAGUUAAUUCUCGGAAAGAAAACGAGAUAGUGGGGUAGGCUGUUUUGUGUCAUAUUCUAAAUUAAUAAUCAACUGAAUAAAGUUAAGAAUCAGCUUAAACCUUUUGGGAUUUAGAAAAUCAGAGUAACUUACAGCCCCAUACAGAGACCUUUCAGAUCUCUAAGUUAAAAUAUGUGGGUCGUGAAUUUAAAAAAAAAUCAGAUUAAGUUAUUUGUCAUCUAAUAAUUAUUGAAAGUUUUAGUUACUCGUUUUAAAAUUUUUAACUUUCAAACAGCUCCACGCAAACAUUUUCGUAUGUCUUUUAUUUGUUUGAAGUGAGUGACACUUUUACUCCGACCUCCUUCCCGGUAAAAUCUUGUAACUAGUUGUAAAGAGUUGAAAAAUCAGCCUUGUUCUCGGUCGUCCUCGCUCGACGAUGUCAGGUGUGACGUCACCUGUCAAGCUUGUUGGCAGAAUUUGGGCUCGGUUCCAAGCCUCCUCCGCUCAAUCAGACAUCUUAGGGACGAGGCUGUUCAAAACUGUUCUCAUUCGCGUAAAAGCCGCUUCAUGACGACUAAAUCAUGCAGCUGGCAUGUUCCACCUUGAAUUAAAGACGAAUACUUUAUUUUUGAUUGAAACAGAAAAAGUUGAUCAAUGCUGUCAGGCUUUAGUUGCCAAGGUAAUAGGUAACAAAUGGAGGUGGCGGUGGACUGGGAAGAGCAUGAUGGCCGACAGUCGCAGAAAAAAUAUCUCUCUGAUUCCUUCAUUCGGAAAGGGACAGACGCCGCUAUAUAAACACCCUCUGAUCAUAUAAUCAACUGAUUCUUUCCUUUUUGUAUAUUGUAAGUUCUAAAGUUAAACUAUUUGGUGUUCCGUCCUUUCCGGAUUCGUCGAUCUUUCUUUUUCAAGGUAUGUUCUCCCUAAGCCGCUUAAAUUUUACCUUGUUUUUGUUUACAGUUUUAUGUUUCCAUUGUAGCCGUUGUUUUGUUUUUUCGGUCAGUAGAAAAUAUUUUUCAGUCCUACGAAGUGUUAACUAUUGUAAUUUGCAUUUUGUUUCUGCAUUCCAGUUCACUACUUUUAAUCAUCAACAAGUUCCCAAUUGACGAAUUGAUAAUCUGUUCUCUAAAUGUGAGGGGCUUAUCCAACAACCUUAAGAGGCGAGAAACCUUUCGUUGGCUUAGAAUGAAAAAAAUUGGAAUAUUCUUUCUUCAAGAAGUCCACUGCACCAAAGAAAAAGAACGACUGUGGUCAUCGGAAUGGGGCUUCUCAGCUAUUUUUAGUAGUGAUUCUAGCUCAAGUGCAGGGGUAUGCAUCCUGUUUAACAACAAUUUUUAAUUCGAAAUCAAGAAACGAUUUUCUGAUCCAGAUGGAAGAUUUAUUUUAGUAGAUUUGAAACUUGAAAAUACGACUAUAACCUUGGGAAACAUUUAUGCGCCAAACGAUGACAACGUUCUCAGCCACCUCCUCUCUUUCGAGUGCGAGGACAUUAUCCUGGAUGGCUAUUUUAAUCUAGUAUUGGACGUCCAAAAUGAUAAGAAGGGAGGAAGACUGACCACUCACAAAAAUUCUUUGAAGGAAGUUCAGAACAUAAUAAAUUCGCUAGACCUUAUCGACAUUUGGCGGGUCUCCAAUCCGGAUAUCAGAGGAUUCACUUGGAGAAGAAGCAAGCCCGAAAUUCACUGUCGCUUAGACUUUUUCUUGACGAGUAAUAGUCUAAGUUCGGAUAACUCAAAAUACCACCUUAAACAAAUCCAUUGCCUUCUCUCCUCUUAUCUGUCUUGGACUAAUUGAUAAUAUCUCUGAUUUAUUAUUACAUCACCUUUUGCUUAUCGCCAAACGAUAUAUUUACACAUGUAAGUUAAAUAACUGCAACCCUGCGCUACAGGUUUAUAAACAAACCGUUAUGAACUCCAUGGAAAUUGAAAAAGAGAUUGCCUCUAAUAAUAACAAUAUGUCCUCCUUCAAAAACAAAUGGAGCCUUCUCAAACUUUGCCCUUCGGACAAAUAAACUUGCUGUUAUGAAAUAAUUCCAAAAGUUCCCAAAGUUAAAAGUGAUGCAGAAACAAGUGCAAAUGCAAAGCACCUUUUAGUUGGUAGGACAGACUCCUUAUGUUUUUGUUGUAUCGUGUUUUAUUUUGAAAUUUUGCAAAUAGUAGUCAAUUUUGUAAAACUUUUUUAGGCUUAAUUAGUUGUAAAUGCUGUAACAUUGUAUUUUUCCUUUAUCUCUUGUACGUUGUUUUUAUUUUUCCUCCAUGUAAAUGUAAGUAUUGUCAUUAGAGGUGCUGUAACCAAAUAAAUGUUAUUAAAAAAAAAGAAAAAACAAAAACAAACUGGCGGUGGCUUGGCAGAUCUCUUGGCGUCGAAGAGACAGUCAUUGAGAACAUUCAGACGGAGAACGAGAAACAGGAAGAGUGUGCCUUUCAAGUCCUGCGAAAAUGGUCUGUCUCAAAAGGAUCCAAAGCUACCGUUCAUUUGCUGAUGAAGGCCAUAGAGGAAAAUGGCAACGUUGGAGCCAUGGAAACCUUUGAUCGUCACUUGGGUGAACGUCAUGGCGAAGAAACAACUCAAGAUAACUAA